AUGGCCGGCCGAUCAACAAUCUUGAUGCUGGUGCUCGCGGCCUGCGUGGCCAGCAGCAUCAAUGCUCAGUACGUCCCUGCAACCGAGGUGACCACCACGGGGACCAUCGUCGAAGCAGCUCAGGGAGAGGCGAGCCUUUCCACCCUGGUCGCAGCUGUUGUGGCCCUUGACCUUGCGGAGACCCUUUCCGGCCCCGGCCCCUUCACGGUCUUUGCCCCAGAGGACUCGGCCUUCGCUGAGGUUCUCGAGAUCCUGAACGCGACCGCUGCGGAGCUCCUGGCGGAGCCUAUCCUGAACGAGACCCUGCUCUUCCAUGUCGCCCCUGGCAGGUAUGUGGUGGCCGGCACAGUCGCCGACUCCACCAAGGAGCUGACCACGGUCGCCGGCGCACCCCUGUCUGUGAGGCCCGACGUUGCCGACGGCGAGACCACCAUCGACUCCGCCAACCUGCCGGCUGUGUUUGUGAACAACCCUGUCUACGACAUCUCUGCCCCCGACGCCGUCAGCCCCAACGGGACUGUUGCUAUCAAGCACAUCACCGCCUCCAACGGUGAGAUCUACAUCAUCCCCUCUGUGCUUGUGGCGCCCUAA